AUGACUGUCACCAUUACGGUCGGCGUCCUCGCCCUCCAAGGCGGCUUCCACGAGCACCUCACCCUCCUCCGACGCGCCGUGUCGCUGCUGGCCACGACCCAAUUCGAGCUCGUCGAGGUCCGCACGUCGCAGCAGCUCGCGCAAUGCGACGCGCUCAUCAUCCCCGGCGGCGAGAGCACCACCAUGUCCCUGGUCGCCGGGCAGACUGACCUACUCGCGAAACUACGAGACUUUGUCAAAGUACAGAAGAAACCCACCUGGGGUACCUGCGCCGGCCUCAUCAUGCUCUCCAACGAGGCCAACUCGACAAAGGUCGGCGGACAAGAGCUCAUUGGCGGCCUGUCCGUCCGCGUGCACCGCAACCACUUUGGCCGGCAGAUUGAGAGCUUCGAGGCGAACCUUGACCUCCCCUUCUUGUCCGAAACCACCAAUCGCUCGCCGUUCCACGCUGUCUUUAUCCGUGCGCCCGUCGUGGAAGACGUCCUCGCGCCGCAGGCUGUGCAGGUCCUCGCCAAACUACCCGGCCGGAUCGACAGGAUGAAGACGGGUGUGUCGCAGGCGGCCACCAAGGGCGACUCUGGCGAUAUCGUGGCUGUGCGGGAGGGCAACGUCCUGGGCAUGAGUUUCCACCCGGAGCUCACGGCCGAUGCGAGGAUACACGUGUGGUGGUUGAGUGAGCUGCUCAAGGGUGGAGCAUCGUAG